AUGCGGGCGGCAGGGCUACUGCUGGCCCGGGCGCUGCUGGUGGCCUGGGCACUGCUGCACCCCGCGGGCACGCAGCAGUGUCACCCCGCCGCCGCCACCGUCCUGCGCUUCACCGACCGCCACGCCGAGAUCCGGGUGCCGGCGCUGCACCGGGUGCCCAGCCCGCUCGACCCCCUCUAUGGGCUCGUCCGGCGCUGCCUGGACCUCAUCCAGCAGAACCCCCUGCCCACGGAGUUGCUCCGGGCAGCCCUGAAUGACCCUGGAUCAGUGCGGACAUCGCAGGUGGUGCAGUACGAGCUGGGCUAUGUGGUCUGUGCCGCCGUGGCCCUGCUCUUCACCGUGGCCAUGCCGGUGGCCGGGAUGUGCUUCUACUGCCGGAGCCGCCGGCGCUGCGGGGGCCGCCUCCGCGCCCACCGGCGCUCGCUGGGCUGCCGGCGGCACUGCCUGCUGGCCUGCCUGUCCUUCACCUCCCUCGUCAUCCUGAUCAGCGUCACCUGCGCCUUUGUCACCAGCCAGCGGGUCAAGGGGCAGAUGGAGCCGGGGCUGGGGGCUGUGCCGACCACCCUGCGCACGCUGCGGCAGCACCUCGCCAACGUCCCCAGGUGGGGCGUGCAGAUGGUGGUGGACAAGUUCGAGGUGCCCCGCAAGCAGAUAAUCUCCGAUUUGGGCGGCCUCAGCCGGAGCGUGGGGCUCUCCAUCCACACACAGCUCAAGGCCAUGACCUACGCGGCGCUCUCAGACCUGCAGGACAGGGCUGCAGACCUACAGACCUCGCUGCACCAUUUACAGAUUCUUGACGGGACCUCGCGGGCGCUGGCGGCAGCGCGGGCCGAGCUGGAACCGGCGCUGCGGGAGCGGCGGGGGCGGGUGGUCGCGCUGCUCGACGAUCCCCGCUGCACCUCCUGCGCCAGCGCCCUGGGCAGGGCACAGAGCCUGGAGCUGGGCGCUGACUACGGCAAGGUGCCGUCGGUGGAGAAGGUUUUGAAGGCCAUGGCCGGGCUGCCCCGAAGCGACUUUGCAGAGAUGAUUCGCCAGGGCAAUGGCACCUUCAACUCCAUCCCGGAGCUGGCCGUGGAGAGGAUGGCACAGGUCAUCCAGGAUCUGCGGGAGGAGCUGUCCCACACCGCACAGAAGGUGCAAUCCAUCGCUGACAGCUUCCUCCCCGACUACACCCGGCCCGCCAGCAAAGCCCUGGUGACGGCGGAGGAGCGGAGCCGGCCCUACCUGCGGGUGGAGCGCUUCGAGCACUACAGGUGGAUCGCGGGCACGGUGCUGUGCUCCAUCGUCCUCCUCAUCCUUGCCUGCAACGUGAUGGGAAUGGCCCUGGGAGCCUACGGGCUUUCCAAGCGCGAGGACCCGAGUGACUACGAGUGCCGAGGAGAGGCUGGUGCCAAGUUCCUCCUGGUCGGUGUGGGCCUGGCUUUCCUGUUCUCCUGGCUCCUCAUCCUCCUCGUUUUUGCCACCUUCCUGGUUGGGGGCAACAUCCAGACGCUGGUUUGCAGGAAUUGGGUCAACCAGGAGAUUUAUAAGUUCAUUGACACCCCUGGGAAUCUCCCUCCAUCCAUGAACCUCACCCGCCAGCUCAACCUGAGGAGGGACUCCAACCUCAGUGCCACGUACCGGGACUGCAAGAGCGGUGCAGGGCUGUGGGAGGUGCUGCAGCUCGACAGGUCCUACGACCUGGAUGAGCACCUGAAAACCCCCAAGUACACGGCUGACUUCCAAAAACGCCUGGGAGACUUCACUGCCCACCUGGGGGACGUGCGGCUCCUGCGCAGCGAGGGCAGGCAGGACCUGGAGACCUUCGCCCGCAGCGGCCUGGAUGAGGUGGACUAUGGGCGCUUCCAGGAGGAGAUGAAAAACCCCUUAGUGCAGACCAACCUGCCUGGCCUGGCCAGGAACCUCGAGGGGCUGCAGAAAAUGCAGAGGAACAGCACGGUGGCAGGACGGCUGGGAGCCGAGGCCCGAGCCCUGUGGCAGAUGCAAAACUCCACAGUGCAGUCACAGGAGGCUUUGGUGGCAAAGCUGGGGGAAAGCGUCCAGUUCCUCUCCCGCUUGGCGCCACAUCUCAAGGAGCGGGUGAAGAGGACACUGGCCACCACGGCCUCGGUGGAAGCCCGGCUGCCCGUGCAAGCCCAGCAGAUCCUGCGGCAGGAGAUCGGCUGCUUCACGAGGAAGGAGCUGCGGUACUUCACCCAGUACCUGAACUGGGGGGCAAACGGUGAGUGACUGAGGGAGGACGUGGCCUCGUGCCAGCUGGCCACGGCCCUGGACAACGGGAGGGUCAUCCUGUGCGACCGCAUCGCUGACCCCUGGAAUGCCUUCUGGUUCAGCCUGGGCUGCUGCACCUUCUUUCUCAUCCCCAACAUCAUCUUUGCCAUCAGACUCACCAAACACUUCCGCCCCAUCCGCAACCGGCUCAUCUCUACAGGCUCAGAGGAGACCUGUCCCUUCCAUCCCCGUGUCACGGCACUCAAGCUGUAG